AUGUCCGAUAGAUUCGUUAUUUGGGCUCCCUCGAUGCACAAUGAACCUGCCGCAAAGUGUGGGUAUUGUCACGGUAAUAAGGGGGGCAACAUGGAUCAGUUGUUCGCAUUGGAUUCGUGGGCUCAUCGUUAUAUGAACAAAAUGGACGUUGUAAAGAUUGAAAACUGCACAAUUGGCUCUUUCGUGGAACAUAUGGAUGUAGCCACGUAUGAUCGCAUGUGUAAUAUGGGAUUUAGAAGGUCUGGUAAGUUUCUUUAUAAAGUGGACCCGUUGAGGAAUUGUUGUAGGUUAUACACCAUUCGAACUGCCCCUCAAGAAUUGAAUAUGACAAAGGAAUUGAAAAAAUGCAUCAGCCGCUUUGCUACUAGAAUAACAAGUGAGGACUACUGCCCAGCCGCUGUUGCAAGCAGUGAUUUUGUGGGCAAAAUUGUUAAUGCAGAGAUGAAUUCUAAAACAUUCUAUACCCGAUUUGAGCCUGCACUUUAUAGUGAAGAAAAGUAUCACUUAUUUGUCAAAUAUCAGGAAAAAGUGCAUCAAGACUACAAUAAUUCGCCGAAGUCCUUUAAGCGAUUCCUAUGUGAUACGCCCUUUGGCCCUGAAGCGGUGUUGGGGACACAAGAAUCAUGGGAGCAGUUAAACAAUUGGCAGCGAAUGAAGCCAGGCGAGAAACUGAAGCAUAUGGGUCCUGUGCACGAAUGCUACUACUAUGAGGGUAAAUUAAUUGCCAUCACUGUGUCAGAUAUCUUGCCCAGUGGUAUAUCUUCGGUAUAUUUUAUUUGGGAUCCAGACUACAGUAAAUGGUCCCUAGGGAAGCUCAGUGCUUUGCGCGAUCUUGCCAUCAUUCAAAGGACAAAUCUGCAAUACUAUUACCUGGGGUACUAUAUUGAGGACUGUCCGAAGAUGAAUUAUAAAGCAAACUAUGGUGCGGAAGUACUGGAUGUGUGUCACAGUAAAUAUAUCCCAUUGAAACCCAUUCAGGAUAUGAUUUCUAGGGGCAAACUCUUUGUCAUAGGUGAAGAAGAGACGAAAGUUACUAAGGAGCUCUACCUCGUUGACUCUGAAACCGGAAGAGGGGAGGGAUUUCCCACUGAUAAUGUUGUCAAGUACAAGAAUAUUGCUGAGGAAAUAUACGGUGUGGGAGGGUGUGCGUUUAAAUCUGCAAAUGAAUCUGCAUUGGAAUUGAAAGAACUUUACGGUAUACCGUACGAAGAGGAAGAUUUAGAUACCAUCUACCAUUUGAAAGAACACAAUGGCCAUGCUCCAAAUGGUAUUCCUAAUGUGGUGCCGGGAUUACUCCCGCUAUGGGAAUUGCUGGACAUUAUGCAAUCUGGCAAGAUCACUGACCUGGAGGGAAGACUAUUUCUCUUCGAAAUCGAAACGGAGGGGAUUCGACCAUUAAUUAACUUUUAUAGCGAACCUCCGAAUGUCAAGAAACGUAUUUGUGACGUGAUACGGUUAUUUGGCUUCGAAACUUGUAUGAAAGCCGUCAUUUUAUAUAGUGAGCAAAUGUGA